UAUGACUUAAAUUUAUUUUUUUUCUUUGAUUUAUUCAUUACACAAAUUUCAACCUGAUGGUCAGAUGGUUAGAAAAAUAUUUGCUAACGAAUGCAAAUAAUUAGUUAUUGAAAAACAAAUUGGUUCAAACUUGCUUUAAUAAAUUCUUUUAUUAUUUUAAAUAAUGGCUGUGUACACCGUUUCUGCGGAUUGGGGCUGGCCCGAAAUGGAAGAAGUUUUACAAUGCCCAAUUUGUUUUGAAUUACCAUGCGGGCCUGUAUUAAUGUGCGUAAAGGGACAUCAUAUUUGCUCACCAUGCCGAAAGAAAGUUCAUAAUUGUCCGUUAUGUAAAGAAUCUUUUGCUGCUACAAGAAAUUUUGCUGUUGAAGAAUUAUUAGCCAACAUUUCAGUGAUAAAGAAUAUAAUGACCCUAGCAAAUAUUCAAAUAAAAACACCUUGUGGUAAACCUAGUGCACAACAGAACGCUAACAGCACUCCAAAACCAAUGCCAACACGACAACUAUCUAAAGUCGAACCUCCAGUUCAAUCUCGGGGUGAAUUUCCUUGUGUAUUUUGUACUCCAGCCAAAGUGUACCCAGUCUCACGUAUUCUAAUUCAUCUCCGAUAUGCACAUGCAGAUGAACUUUCGGAGGUUUCAUCUGAAAACCAACGUGCCAAUUUUCAAGUUCAAUUUAAACAUCAAUCAAAAAAUAGUAAUGAGUAUGGAACAUUUAAGCAUCGUGCCGUAAAAAUUGAUAAAUUGGGACUCUUCUAUAUAAGUUAUGGAAUAAUGAAUGAUAAACCACAUGUUUUUUUGAGAAUGGUUGCUCGAACAAAAGAUUCCCAAAAAUAUAUGUAUUCUCUAAAAGUAAACGAUGCAUUACAUUCAAAUAAAGCUGUAUGCUGCCGGGAACCAUUAAAACAAUUGGUUGUUAAAGGAGAUUGCUUAGUAUUGAACUCGAAUUAUGUUAUAAAUAGAAAUAGAUCUUUUGCUGUAAAUGUAACAGUUUGUCGUGAUAGUUCUGAAGAUUAAUCAUAUUUAGAAUAAGUACUAUGUUUUUAGUUAUAAAAUUUUACUUAUAUUGAUGCCAAUCAUAGUUAAAAAAAAGUUUUUACGAAGUAAUUGUUAAUUAAAAUUACACCUUCGUGUUUGUAGCAGAAAUAUACCAGCGAAAAUAAUUUUAUUUGCUAAUAUAAUUUUAGCUAACUAUUUAUUGAUGAUGAAGCUGGCCUUUGUUUAUUGGGGUGGUUUUGUCCAUCAAAAAAAGCGAUAAUCAUUAAUGAUAGCUUCAAUAACAUUUACAGUUUUAUUUCAAUUUUCCAUAAAGCAUUCUGAUGAAAGAGUGAAUUGCUUUUUGAACUAUUGAAAUAGGUUUGCUACAACAUAUGCCUCAACUGUGCCAACAGAUUUCUUUAAGUUCUCAAUCCAGAAUGUUAUUGAAGGCAUUUGUUAUAGCUAUCGUUAUUGUAAAUUAACAAAAAACCAUUUUUCGAGGGGUUUUAUCAAUUUACAACUUUUAAGUAUAGAAGGAAGGCUACUUGUAUUAGAGCCCAAUUCUAAAAUGAGAUAGAUAUAUAUGUUAAUUUCUAUCAUUUAUAUUAAUAAUAAAAUAUUCAGAUGGUUUAGAUAGAGCAUUUUCUCUAGUUACACCUAUAUUCAAUAAUCGAUUUUAAUUCACUUGACGACAUUCUAUAAAUUUC